AUGGAGAAGGAAAGUAUUGUGGAAAGGCAAGAACAGAAACCGGUGAUGGAUGGUACUCACUCUGACAAAUGCAGCCUGGUUGAUUUUAGUUUGGAAGAGGUUGAAGAGGAAAUUCGCCUUGAAAAAAUUCGACAAGCAUCAGUUAAAUUUUCAUGGGAUUAUUUGUCACAGCUUUUACGUCGGAAUCUUAUGGAGAAACGUUUUGUGCUCAGUGCCGAUGAUAAGGAGGAUUUGAUGGAGGCAGCUGCCGAUAUGAGGAAGCACAUGCCAUCUGAUAGUGAUCGUGAUUUGUCUACACAUCUACGGCAUCUUGCUGAAAGCUUAUUAGGUGAAUUCCAAGCUCAUCCAGGAUAUUACAAGAUUCGAAAUGCCGAUUUUUCACUUGAAAUUACUGUUUCUGCUGAUGGUCAACAAAUUACCACUUGUUCAGUAUCUUGUUUUGGUGAACGAGCAGUGGAAGCGCAAGCACUUCGGCUUUAUAUUUCUCGUAACAGAUGGGACCUUGUGCACACAGCAUUGACAGCAAUGUUUCAUCUUGUUCCAUCAGAUUUGUCAAGGGAUGAAAAGAUAUAUUGUCUACGAUCACUAGAAUACGCUGAAAAAGAUCUCCUGAAUAUGUCUGGAAAUGCUUCAUCAGUUUUUGAACAAAUAAACGGUGGUAUUUUGGGUCUCUGUAAACCGCGAACUGAAUCCACUCCAUUUACUAUUUAUCCAUUCGUCGAACCUGUAAUAUUCUUGGACACUACUUCCGGUAGUAUUAUAUCUCCUACGGAUGAGCAAGUGUUGUAUGAUGUGGAGCCAUAUCUUCAAUUGUGCAUUGUCUCUAGUUCAACUCCAAACUUCUUUUCCGAUACUACACUUUUUGCACAUGGUGAAUGGCGCAAUGCUGUAUCAGGCCGCCAGCUGCCAGCCGCGUUUUGUUUGCGCUUUUCAAGACCAAUAAUAUUUUCAUCCGCUGCAAUCAAAAAGCUUUUUAAGAUUGCAUCAGUUCCACUGAAUGUUGAAGGCUCAUACAAUUUGUAUCAAUAUUUAUUGAAUGAAAGUGAGGAAUGUCAUGACCUUUUUGUUCGUCUGCCAGGCUGUUCGACACAACACUAUAUUUUUGACUACUCCAUGACGUAUUCGCACGAAGAUGGCAUUUUAAGACAAAUACCAUUUGCUCAUUUACAAGAUGUAGCUUUUCUUGUAAGCAUCAUUCGAACACAGCUGGCUCAUAAUGCCUUUUUCGAAAGUCUUGUGAGAGCACAUAGUCGAAGUGCAUGUGUUGAUGAAAAUUUUGUUGAUAUUCAUAUUGCGUCUUCGUACAUCGACUGUUUUGAUCUUCAGUUCUACCUAAAAAAGAAUCCUUUUAUAGCCCGUGUUGCUGUAUCACCGUCAAAUCUUAAUGUCUCACUAGAAUGUGUAAUAAAUGGAGCGGUACUUCCGGAAUCACAGCAUGCCACAGCUACUCUUGCAAAAAGUUGGUCGCUGGCAAUAAUGAUGCGAAGUGUUUUGCGACGUGGAGGCGCCAUUUCGUUGGAUGCGCUUGAAAAACCAUUUGUGAUGAGCGAAAAUGUUGAUAAUAACUGCGACGUUAAAAUAUCACAAUCUUGGUUGUUUGUUCCAAACAUAACGGACAACAGCAUUAAUUAUUGCAAAACAGAACACGAAUACGUGGUGGAUGAACGAAUUAAUCUUAAUUGUUCACGUGAUAGCAAUACUUUAGGAAGGCAAUCGCCGCUGUCUUUAUUAGCACUUUUCAAAGAGCUCGAAAAAAUAGAAGAACUAAUACCACCUCAAAAGCCCAUGAAUGGAGCGCAACAAUGUACGGCGCCUCCACGUAACGAAAUGCUUGCACCACGUACGAGUCGUAUCCAUUCUGAAAAUACGAUGACGAUCAAUGCCUUCUCUGUCCUGGAUGCAAUUUGUGACAUGGCAGCAAGUAUCGAUGAUGGUGAAUCGAACAUUUCCGAGCAUAGUAGUCAUUCAUCUACAGUGGAACGUUGUUCACCGUCCACUAAUGAGGCAAGUAUUUAUUUUGUCCUGCUAAUGAAGACGAAGAUGUAG